GCUAUACUAAUGCAUCAGUCAUUGCUCGCACGACGCGUACGAACUACGAAAUGUGUGCGAUUGCCUGCGCGUGAUAUAGUGUAGAAAAUAAUAAUUUUACGCCCAAAUGCCGAUUUCUGAAUGAUCGGUAGUCUUGCUUGGUUCAAUAGAGAUUAUUUGAACGUGAAAAUCAUAUUAGCACAUCGAAAUGGUCGAGAAACUGAGAAGAUACGAGAAAAUCGACUUUCUCGGAGAAGGACAGUUCGCCACGGUAUACAAGGCCAAAGACACCGUAACGGACAAAAUUGUAGCUGUAAAAAAGAUCAAAGUCGGAAGUCAUGCCGAGGCAAAGGAUGGAAUAAACAGAACAGCCCUCAGAGAAAUCAAGUUGUUGCAAGAGCUGAAACAUGAAAAUAUCAUUGGCCUGUUGGAUGUUUUUGGCCACAAGUCAAACGUUUCUUUAGUCUUUGAUUUUAUGGACACCGAUUUGGAAGUCAUAAUCAAAGACACAAACAUAGUGUUGACACCUGCGAAUAUCAAGUCUUUCAUGAUACAGACUCUGCAAGGUCUAGAUUAUUUGCACUUCAAUUGGAUACUACACAGGGAUUUGAAACCUAAUAAUCUGCUGAUAAGUAGUGAUGGUAUUGUGAAAAUUGGAGAUUUUGGCUUGGCCAAGUUUUAUGGCUCCCCUAACAGGGUAAACACACAUCAAGUAGUAACGAGGUGGUAUCGAGCUCCAGAACUUUUAUUCGGUGCUAGACUUUAUGGUGCUGGAAUUGACAUGUGGGCAAUUGGUUGUAUCUUAGCAGAAUUGUUAUUGCGUGUUCCCUUCUUACCAGGAGAAUCUGACUUGGAUCAACUGACCAAAAUUUUUCAGGUUUUAGGGACACCUACCGAAGAAACAUGGCCUGGAGUCACAAAGUUGCCAGAUUUCAUCCAGUUCAAGCCUUUUCCAGCUGUACCGUUAAAAGACAUAUUUACUGCUGCUGGUGAUGAUCUACUAGAUCUGCUUGCUAGUCUACUGAACAUAAAUCCUAUAGAGAGGUGUAGUUGCGAUCAAGCAUUGCAAAUGACUUAUUUUAGUAAUAAUCCUCCUCCAACGCCAAAGGCCAGAUUACCACUGCCAAUGGCCAUUAGACGUCAGACAGAAAACAAACCCAGUUUAAAACGAAAAUUGUUAGAAGCAACAGAUGGUGCUACACUUGCUAAAAGACUGCUAUUUUAAAUUUGAAAAGAAUGAUUUAGAUAUAUUAAAUAAUAUAUGUCUCUAAAUAACAUAUAUAAUUACAUUGUACAUAACUAGCUAAAAAUGUCUUGAAAAUUUGCAAAUAGUUGAAUUUAAAACAUUUAUUUUCUAUUUUAAGUAUUUACUUCGUACAUCAAACGAAUAAACAAAAAAAAAAUUGUGUAACAACAUUUUCAUGGUACUAUUAUUAGAAAAUUCAUUUAUUUUGAAUAUUACGAUGGAGAAGGUGUACAAUAAAUAAAAAAAACGAAAAUUUUAUAAUGCAAAUGUUACUGCAUUUAUUUCUUAUAAACUGAAAAUGUAGUAAUAAAUUUUCCAUCCGCGCUGGUGUCUUUUUUUUAAAUUGUCGCUUUUAUUAAUGUACAAAAUUCCAACUGUGCAAACACAAUCCUAUUUUUAAAUCAGUAGAAAUGGAACAGACAUUAGUAAAAGAUCAGUUAAUGUUUAAAUCUUAAAAUGUAAGAAAAUAAUAUACUACUGCCCUUUUUACAUUACAUUGAUUUAAAAAAAUGUUCAAUCCUAACUGCAUCAAUGAAAAGUGCUCAAGUUGAAAUUGAAAAACGUGUUAACAUAUAGAUAAAUGAAGAAAAGCAUAAUUUCUACUUUUAAAUGAAUUUGGUACAUUUUCUUUU